AUGCCACUACAAUCGCGUGAAGUGUUGACGCUUCGCUUGAUCUUCGCCUGUGAUGAUGACCUCGACGAUGACGUCCAGCAUACUGAGCACACUUCCAUCAAGAAUGGCUCUGUCCACUUCCUCCUUCUCCCUGCCGAAAUUCGUCACGAGAUUCUGCGUAAUCUGCUCCUCAUCGACCGAAAUAGAAAAUAUCAUACUCGCCGCCCACCAAAAGAAAGUGCCUCCGCCAUGCUCUGGAUCCAGUCUCACCGCAUCCUUGAGGCUCCACCUUUCAAACAUAAGGGGAGCCAAGAAAUCAACGGUUGUCCUCCAUCAACAACAACUUGUCAGAUAUACCCUAAUGUUCUAAGGGCUUGUCGUCAGUUGCAUGAGGAAGGGAAGGAAAUCCUCUAUGCUGAGAACACCGUGGUCGGCCUCCAGUGUGGAAUCAAAGGUCUGAAUGCCAAAUUCAGGAAUUAUGGAAUACCCAUGUGGGGUUCAUUUCCAGCAGGACGUCUUUCUGUCACAAACGAAAUUGGAACGCAAGACGAUGCCAAGUUCAACCCAUUGCUUUUACUGAAGGGUCAAAACAUCAAGCCUGGUACUCCAUUUUACAUCUGCAGCGCCAAAGACACUGGACCACUGGCACAUGCACUCUGGAUCAUGAUCAAGUCAUCUUUCGCUAAAGGGAUGAAAUACAACCUGGUAAUCUCCAACUCUCCAAGGCAUCAACGUUUCGAAAUGAUUGAUUACAUGGUCAAAUGGGGCUUUUUCCCCCGCCUGUAUGGUCACAUCAACAAGAUUGAUUUCUAUGACCCACCCUCCACAGCACCAGUAGUAGAAGACAUUGCUGAUGGUAUCACCCCGUCUCAAAAGCGUCUGACUUCAUUUCGAUCUGAACUAUCCAAACAUGUGUUGGCGAGCCACGAAGAUGUGAAUUUGUACAACUACAGUUUAAUAUGUGGAUUGCUUGAACGCCUCUUGUUGCGUGCAGAGGCUUGCAUCGAGAAAGGUGCCUUCCAAGACGCCGAAAAUCACCUUGAACGUGUCAAUUUUGAAGCAUGCAGCAUGAUACGUACUCGGACUGCCGAAUUGGUUGAUGUCUCGGACACCUUGAAGGAGGGCAUCAACCGUAUUUGCAAAUUGAUUGCCAUCAGUGCUUAUCGUCUAUGCGAGCUUCGAAGUGGUUCCCUUGCGCGCAUCAUUGCAAAGAAUCGAGAACGUAUGCCAGCAGGUGUCCAGGGGCCCCCACCAUUGGAACAAACCACCCGCAUUCAAUCCAAAUCUCUCGCUCAGGAAUUGGCUGUCUCGAACGGACUGCUAGCUCUCCGUCUUCCUUGCGCUUCGCCACUACACGAAUGGUCCAUUAGAGUGGAUUUGAUGCUACUAAGACUGUUUGCAGAACGACAAGAUGUGUCAUAUGCAAUUUGGGCCAUUCGACGAAUCAAAGAGAAUUGCACUCUACUAUGGAAAGACGCAAAAUCGAAGCAGAAGCUGACACAGAAGAUCAAAGCUAAAAACAUGUCAAACUUUCAGGCCUUGGGUGACUUAGUCACGUUUCUCGAAACAGCAUUGAAACCUGGUCCGGCGCAUAUUUGUCUACCCGCUGUCGCUGACAAAUGCGAACAAGUCGUCACUGACAUUUGGGGCGAUCGACUGACAGUGAAGAAAGGAUAUAUUGGUCUUAUUUGGACUUUUAGAUGGGCGAACUAG